GGCGGUCCUCCGGAUGGGUCAUCCACCCCUGGGGCGGGAAUGCCCGGAGGAAAGGGGGAUGUGCCGGGGGCCCUCAUGGGAGAGAGACUGGGAGGAGCAAGGAACUUCCAGGGCAGAGGGAGGGAUUUGGUCACAGCGCUGACCUCCCUGUGCCAAGCGAGACACUAGAUCCUUGGGGAGACGGGUGCUGUGCCUGGGGCGGGCGCCCCACGGGAUGGAGGUCUCGUCUGCAUUGUAGGGGCGUAGGCCUAGCUGCAGGAAGGAUCGGGGUGUAGUUAGGGGUGGGAGGAAAGGAGGAGGGAGUGGGGAUUGGGGGUCGUGGCUGUUGGGAGCACCUGCUCUGUGCUCCCCGUACACUGCGAGAGCCUUCAGAACAGCCAGCGCAUCCUCAGGACCUGGUGCCGUGCCCAGCUUGGGCAGGUGUCUGUUAAACAGCUGUUGGUUACGUAGGUAGACGAACUAGCUGAGUUGCGCUGGACGAGACACGGGGCUCCUCUGAGCCUCAGGGCUGAACCCAGUGAUCCCACAGAGCCCUUAGGAAAGCACCGCCUGCAAACGCCCCCAGCAAAUAGAAGAUUCCUGUGUCUGUUGACUGGCCUGCCCUGGCUUAAAGUGAAAGCACCAUCAAGAUCUUCAAGGUUCCAGGUGGGCUGCUGAAGAGUGCUUAGGUAAUGACCUUGGUGGAACUUUGAUUGGAUUUCUCCUGUGGGACCACAGCAACUGAUGCCCCUCACUCGGCACCCUCACUGGCUGUGGCACAAUGGACAACGGAAACGCCCAGAUGCACACGGAGGGAAGGAUCAAGGCUCCAGGAGCCCAGCCAAGUCCUGGCAUGAGCACCACCAGCAAGAGGCCUGGUGUUGAGCCUACCAUAUCAGAAAUCAGCCAGGUUGCGUUUCCAGAUGCUGCAGGGAUGGGCAGUGGGAAGCAGCCCUCAUCAGCCCCAGGGGGGCCAGAGAAGGGACCAGAACACAGCGCAGCCUCAGAGGAAGGGCCUCGGGAGCUCAGGACCCAGGAGCAGAGGCAGCCGCCAGAACCGGGGAAGAAGCAGUCAACCCCGGCACCCCAGCAAGGGCCCGGAUUGCGGCAAGGAGGCCGUGAUCAGGCCAAGCCAGGAAGUGAGCUGGGGGUGCUGCCUUCCAGGGUCCCCGCGGCACAGGAAGGGCAGCAGCAACAGGGCUCAGGGAAGGAGACCGAGGGCCAACCGGGGAGACAUCAGAACCCAGGGAUGGUGGAGGGUCAGGCCCCCGAGAGCCACCAGGACCCAGAGUGGCGGCCUCCCCCAGGUCACCAGGCAGCUAAUGGGGAAGACAUAGGACAGCCGGUGAAGGCUUCUUGCACCUCGGACAGCCGUGGGCAGCAACUGGGAGACAAGCCCGCCGAGGAGGUGGACACCCCAUGUAUCGGGCCACAGGGGGCUCUGCCAGAGCCUGGCCCAGGGGGACAUGAGGACAGUUCUCAGGGGGCAGGGCCCCGAAUGCCCCUGGCAACUCUGGAGGAAAAGACGGCCAACUCCUUCCCACCAUCCACGCCAGGACCGGACCCCCCAAAAGGAGGGGUCGAGGGGGUGGAGACCCAGCCAACCCCAGGGCCUGUUCCUCCACCAGAGACGAGGGACACUGGAGACAGGAGGGACCUGGAUCCCGUGCAGAAGCAGCCUCAGGCGCCCACGGUGGCCGCAGGGGCCCCGAACCUCGGCAACCUUCGGCAAGGCUUCAUGAAGUGCUUGCUGGAGGUGGAAGAGGUGGAGGCCACACAUCGGAGGGCGACGGCCAAGGCCCGGGCCCUGCCAAACCGGAAGUCCCCCAGGACCCUGACCCCUGUGCCCAGCUCAGCCCCCAGCCUGCUUCUGACCCUGCCUCAGGCCCCCGCGCCGGCCCCUGUGAUGGCCCCAUCCUGGGCCCGGUUGCCAGCCCCCGGGUCAAUCCCCGCCCCUGGGGGCACCCCGGUCCCAGGGCCCGUGGUGGCCCUGCCGCCCCCCACCCUGGAUGCGGGCUGGAGAAGGACAGAACUCCUGCACCCGAGCGGAGACAGGAGCCUGAGCAGCUCCAAGGCACGGCAGGAGCUGGAGGAGCGCGGCCUCCUCAAGCUGUCUCAGACCCGGGAGGAGAGGUCGGAGGAGCACCUCACCCUGAAGCAGGAGGAAGCCUUCCGCAGCUACUUUGAGGUCUUCAAUGGCCAUGGCGAGUUGGACGCCCAGAGCCUGGAGAACAUCCUGUUGCUCGUGGGCAUCUCCCUGACACCGGCCCAGGUAGAGGACGCCCUGAUGAGUGCUGAUGUCGAUGGAGAUGGUCGCGUAGGCUUCAAGGACUUCUUGGCUGUGAUGACAGACAGCGGGCGUUUCUUCUCCUCCGUGGAACAGAGCGCCCUGACGGACACGGCUCCCCCCAACCCCCACACUCUGCUCUUUGAGAUCCUGUCCCUGAUGGUGGAGAUGCUGGCCCUACCCGAGGCAGCCUUAGAGGAGAUCACCGACUAUUACCAGAAGAAGCUGAAGGAAGGCACCUGUAAGGCCCGAGAGAUGGAGUCGGCCAUAGGCCGGCUGCGGUCCCGGAAGAAGCUUCCCUGCAACCCCCAGCAAGCAGACACCUUGGAAGUCCCGGAACGAAGGGUCCUCAGGAUCCUGAGCCGGCUGAAGCAGCAGAACUACGCUGCCAAUCUGCAGAGCCCGUACGCCCAGGUGCCCUGCAUCCCGCUCUAUCCGCGGCUGGACAAGAAGAUGGCCCGACGGAAGCAGGGCAGCCACUACGUGCUAGAUCAGUGUACCCCCACCAGCCUGGGCCCCGACAUCCGUAGCCUUUUCUUCCAGUCAGGAUCUCAAGGAAGCAGGGAACACAACUCAGAGAGCCGAAAGUGGCUCAGCUCUGUGCCAGCUCGAACCCACUGACCUACGGAGUCUACUCGGGGCGGCUGCUGUCCAAGGCCUGCAGAUGGACAGGUCGUCAGGCAGGUACUGCUGCUGAGUUUUGCUUUUGUGGCCUGGUAAGCCAAUAAACACCGAGAACCUCG